CAUUGCGCGUGCGCACAGGAGGCCAUGUUGUUGUAGUUCUGUGGGACUGGACCGUCAUAUCCCUCCGUUACUGUAUGUUUCUGCGAUCAUCACUCCCCUCCCGUUUUUGACAUCGGGGACAAGUAAAUAAACCGGAGUGCUCAAACGGUGACUGGCACAAUGAAUUUAAGCCUGGAUCUGUCGCGCAGAAACCCUCAGGAGGAUUUUGAGCUGAUUCAGAGGAUCGGGAGCGGAACCUAUGGGGAUGUGUACAAGGCGCGUAAUGUCAACACUGGAGAACUGGCUGCUAUCAAAGUCAUCAAACUAGAGCCAGGAGAGGACUUUGACGUGGUGCAGCAGGAGAUUAUUAUGAUGAAAGAUUGUAAACACUCAAACAUUGUUGCAUAUUUUGGCAGUUACCUCAGGAGAGAUAAAUUAUGGAUCAGCAUGGAAUACUGCGGUGGAGGCUCUCUCCAGGAUAUUUACCAUGUUACUGGGCCGUUGGCGGAAUCCCAAAUUGCUUAUGUAUGCCGUGAAACCCUGCAGGGUGUUUACUAUCUCCAUAACAAAGGCAAGAUCCACCGAGAUAUAAAGGGUGCAAAUAUACUGUUGACUGACAACGGCUACGUUAAGCUAGCUGAUUUUGGUGUUUCAGCGCAGAUAUCAGCCACUUUAGCAAAAAGAAAGUCCUUCAUUGGAACUCCAUAUUGGAUGGCACCUGAGGUGGCAGCAGUUGAACGGAAAGGUGGAUACAAUCAGCUGUGUGAUAUCUGGGCCGUGGGCAUCACAGCUAUUGAGCUGGCAGAGCUAGAGCCGCCAAUGUUCGACUUGCACCCCAUGAGAGCACUUUUCCUAAUGACAAAGAGCAGUUUCCAGCCACCUAAGCUGAAAGACAAAGUAAAGUGGACAAAUAAUUUCCACCACUUUGUGAAAAUGGCUUUGAUCAAAAACCCCAAGAAGAGACCAACGGCUGACAGAUUACUGCAGCACCCAUUCGUUACCCAACCGCUCAGCCGGACUCUUGCCAUUGAACUACUGGACAAAGCUAACAACCCUGACCACAGCACCCACAGUGAUGCAGAGGAGGAUGACAUUGAUCCAGAGUCUCCCGUGUCUGUUCCGCAUCGGAUCCGCUCAACUAGCAGGAGCUCACGAGAUGGAAAGACUCUGUCUGAGAUUAACUUUGAUAAGGUGAAGUUCGACCCACCUUUGAGAAAAGAAACCGAACCGCAUCAUGAGAUGGAUCUACCAUUAGAGCCCCAAAGCCUUCUGGGAAAUAACAAGAGUCUAUUAAAAUCUGUUGCUGAGGAGCUCAGUCAAAGGGGUCAUGUGACACAUUUAGAGGAUGAGGAGGAGGAUGAAGGUGAUGAUUUGCACAGUAACUCCACUUCAACCAUGAGGCCUAGAGUGCCACCUCCUCUGCCACCCAAGCCGAAGCUUCUGUCUCCCGGUCAGAACAGUAGCACCUCAGAGGACAAUACUGGAGAAGGGACCAUUAAACGUUCCCCAGCUUCUGCAAGCUCCACCCCUCCUGUUCGGCCUGCUUCCUGUGUGCCCCCCAGACCACCACCUCCUCGCCUGCCUCCACACCGGCGUAGUAGUUUAGGUAACAAACCAUCUGAGCAUGGUCAGACAGAGCCAGCAGGGGAUGAUGGGAUUUAUAGGUUCUGGGAAUGGCUUCAUGAUGAACAACAGGAAGAACAAAGUAAUGGAGUUUCUGUCCAGGAGAAUGGAGAGAAAGAAAAACUUGCCUCCCUUCCUUCACCUAAUCUAAAGUUUCCCUUUAGUAAUGGCCUUCCACCGACCCCUAAAGUACACAUGGGAGCUUGUUUCUCUAAAGUGUUUAACGGCUGUCCACUGAAGAUUCACUGUGCCUGUUCCUGGAUAAACCCAAACACCAGAGAUCAGUAUCUGAUUUUUGGAGCAGAGGAAGGAAUUUACACCCUCAAUCUGAAUGAAAUCCAUGAGAGCUCAAUGGAACAGCUGGUUCCACGGAGGUGUACAUGGGUGUAUGUAAUGAACAACUGGCUGCUUUCAAUAUCAGGUAAAGCAUCUCAGCUGUACUCUUACAACCUGACGAUGCUUUUUGAGCAAGCUCGACAAAUGCAGAAGUUACCUGUUGCCAUCCCAACACACAAACUCCCAGACAAAAUCAUCCCACGGAAGUUUACUGUGUCCAAUAAAAUACCAGAUACGAGGGGUUGUCAGAAAUGUUGUGUAGUGCGAAACCCAUACACCGGUCAUAAGUACUUAUGUGGAGCUUUCCAGUCCAGCGCAAUGCUGUUUGAAUGGGUGGAAGCCAUGCAGCGCUUCAUGCUAAUAAAGAGCAUAGACCUCACCCUGCCGUGUCCAUUAGAAGUCUUUGAGAUGUUGGUGGUUCCUGAGCAGCAUUAUCCACUGGUGUGUGUGGCAGUCAGUAAAGGAAGCCAUCCUGAUCAGGUGGUCACGUUUGGCACAGUUGAUCCCAAUGCCGCCAACCCAGCGUUCACAGAGCCCGAAACACCUCAGACGUGUGUCAUUCAUGUGACUCAGUUGGAGAGAGAUACCGUCCUAGUGUGUCUAGAUCGGUGUAUAAAGUUGGUGAAUUUACAGGGCAGGUUAAAAUCCAACAGAAAGCUGUCAACUGAACUCACAUUUAACUUCCAGAUUGAGGCGAUAGUAUGUCUGCAGGACAGUGUUUUGGCAUUCUGGAAGCAUGGAAUGCAGGGAAGAAGCUUUAAAAACAGUGAGAUUACUCAGGAGAUCUCUGAUAACUCGCGGAUCUACAGGCUGCUGGGUGCGGAUAGAGUGGUGGUGUUGGAAAGCAAACCGACGGAAGAUCCUACAGCUCAAAGUAAUCUGUACAUCCUUGCGGGCCACGAGAACAGCUACUGACAACACACUGCCUUAACACACACUACAUAAUGCAUGCUACAAAGUACAUGCUCCUGAGACUUAAACGCCUCAUGUUCAUUUAUGAAGCUACUGAACAAAACACUACAAACAAAAAACAGCAAAUCAACUCAAUACAUUAUAUCUUUUGGUAUCGUACAGGUUUAACGUCAUUUUUGGGUACUGCCAAACUGCGUGAAAUUAAUAUAGAUGCAUUUCAGUGUCAGAGACCUUGAUACACAACCAUCAGUUCUGUGCGACUGAGAUAACUAAUGUGAAAACACAGCAGUCUAGUACAAAAUAUCAUGGCUUUUUAUAUCAGACAUGAUAUGCAGGUGUUUUACCAUCUUGUUAGCUUUGUAGCUUUCAGUACUGCCUUGUAAACGGCUCCUCUCUGUCAUGCUAAUAACAGUUCACAUGGAACGCAUUCUCGCAUUUAAAAAUAGAAGAACACAAGAAUGUUUACAUAGAAAAACAUUUAGUAGAAUUUAACGCAAAAGCACGCUCUGUGUGAACCAACUGUAAGUCUAACAAACUCUUCUGCUUCUCUACAUUUCUCUCUUUUGGCGUCCGCUUUUGGUGAUGUUGUUUUAGUAAAAUUUCUAUGAAAUUUUGCGGGCAAAACAAAGUCCAUUGUCAUUUCAAUGUCACUUUCAAACCAGGCAAUUUUCUGUUGGUCAGGGCAGCAAAUUAAUGUGACUAAUUUUACCCCGAAGUGAAAUCUUUGUGCGAAAAUCUUUCACCCAAAUGAGAAAUUUGCUAAAUAUCUGUUAAUGUAACUGCACUUUAAGGCUUCAGUAAGUUUUAUGUUUCCUUAUUAGCAGCACAGGUGUUUCUGUUGUUUUGUAAAUUAUGAGUGUUAAUGAGCUAAUAGGCUAUUCAAACAGAAUGCAUUUUUGCAUUAAAAAAAUGUGCGACCCAGGGCAUUGAAAAAAAAAAAAGUCCAGAGACACUUACGAAAUCAACAAAAAUCAACCUUCUUUUAACUUGAGAACCAAAUUUUUAGAACCGAAUGUCAUUUACAAGACACUACCAGAGGUGCAAGAGUAAAGGUCAAGUCAGUCUAGCAUAUGUUUACACACAAAACAAUGAAUAAGCUGUGGAGAGAAAUACAAAAACAUGUUUCCUGCAGUGAACGAUUUUGCGAAUAAAUGAUUUUUAAGGUUUAAUGAUAUUUGCUUAUUAGUUGCUAGCCUGACUACGUCAGACUUUGUACUUCCGCUCAAUUUUAGUUCGCUUCUGUACUCUACAAAGCCUACAAAGCAAAACGAAGUAGCAUAGUUUGGUAUUACCAGGCUAAUUAGUUGCCAAAUACAAUGUUUGUUUGGAUUGCAUAAAUAUAAACUAGGGGGCGCCAUGUUAUCAUGACAUUAUCAACUCGUGUUACUCAAACUGAGGUAAAGUCCUGAAGGAUUUUUAAUUACCACAUCUAGUGGAUUAAGCAUUGAAGUAUGAAAUUAAUUACAGCCAAUAUAAAUAUUUUCAUCAAAGUAUAAUUAUUCAUGAAUGAUGCUAAUUCAUUCAUACUGUAGUGGUAUCCUUAACUCCUUUUUUAUUAUUAAAAAAAGUACUGUGGCUGUAUCAUGGUAUAGUGGUAUCAGAUGGCAACACCAUAUACAGUAUAUCAUGGUUCUGAAUGAUUACCCUAGUGACAUACCAUGGUAUUUACAUGGUACUCAAGGUGCUUCAAACAAUACCAUGGUAUUACCAUAGUGCAAUGUCCAAGAAAUCACGAAAAUACCACAAUAACAACAUCUGUAACAACAUCUUGAGUCACUUAAUGCCAAUGGAGUGAUUUUUUAGAGUUUUUCUAUUUCAUUAUUUAUGCAGAAAGGCCAAGUGUCAUGUUUUAGUUCCUUAUCAAGCACUAUUAUUAACUACAUUUGCUCACGUGUGCUGUGUGUGCACUUACAGGCUGUAAUGUCAGUAGUAAGAGUUGAACAGAUAAAGAAAUCCUAUUUAUCAGGCUCAUCGAAAACUGAAGAUUAGAGAUAACAUAACGUCUUAUGGAUGCAGUAUGUGUAAAUAUGAAAUGGGACGUUUAGAAUGUAGCCGUCUGUGAAGCUUUCUAGCAUUUUCAUCAGUUCGAAUAACAUAUCUGAAUACGAACUGUUUUUUUUCGUGUCAAAAUAGCGAAGUUAUGUUUCGUUCAGCCGAAUGCGCCAAUUUAGCAUGUCGUGUCUACCUCUAACAUGCAUUUAAAAACUACAUAAGAUCAUACGCCAUUAAAACCCUAAUGCAAAUUAAGUAUCUCCCUAGCAGCAUUUUAAACCCUGGGCUUGUCACAUGAUCCAUGCUCUAGAUUUUUGUCAAGAC